UCUGCACCAGCGAAAAUGCAAGUGGGAGAAGCCGGGGCGGGUGCCUGCUCCUGCCUCGCGUCCCGUGCCCCUGCGAGGGGCAGCCGCAGCGCCCUGAGCUCCCCGCCCACGGGCCGGCGCGGUGGAGCUGGGUGCAGACUUGGCCAGCCUGGUCCGGGAGCAGCCAGGACCCCACAAAUAUUUUGAAGCAAAAUUUUGAAGCAAAAUUAACACAAUUGAGUUUGACACACUGAAUUUUGAACCAAUUUAUCUGGUUUCAGUUAAGGAGACACCAUGACUGGGGAAGAUUUGCUCAAAGACACUACCAGCGUCAAGCCGGAACUGGUUUUACGGCACUGUUUUAAACAAUACAAACUCAGAGAUUUGUAUCCAAAGUUUUUCUUUAAAGUGAAACCAAGUACAUUUGGGCCACCCAAAUCCAGACGUCGCAUUAUUAUCGCACCUCCAAUGGUAAGACCAGCUUCGGAUGGUUCAAAACUCAUUCAGACCACUGCCAUCGAUGAAAAGGAGGAAGCUGCUGCCUGGCAAGUGACCCCUGAGGUAGAAAGCUGUCCCCACACUCCAGAAGAACCUUCAGAAGCAAGAGAUGAUCUACUAAAGCUGGAAGCUUGGAUAACGGAAAGGAGAAAGCUCCGCUCUCAAUUGGAUAGCCUUGUGGAUGUUGAAAAAUGGCUAAGUCAAAAACUUUGCACCACUGAGCAAGAAGAUAGAGUCCUGGAAAACUUACAAAACUGCAGAGCAGUGAGGAAGGCUGAAAGGAAGUUAGCUGCGACCAGAAAUCUUGAAAACCUGCUGCCAAAGCACGACCUGCCUCCUCAAAGAAGAGUCAUCCCCCUUAUCAACGCUCCCUAUCCCCAGUCCCUCAUCACACUGCAUAACCUUCUGCACAAACAAAAGCUCAAGAUGGUGGACUUAUUCAGGAAGGCGGAUAAGGACAAGAAGCAAUUCAUGAGAUCAGACUUCAUUAAAGUUAUCAAGGGGGCCAAAGUCCCUAUCAGUGACAAUGACCUGGAAGAUGUGAUCAUCUUCCUUACUUCUUCAAAACGUGGGAAUUUUAUAACCAGUGACGAUCUGGUUGAAUGUCAAAAUAUAUGGCUGGAUACAAUGAGAGAUCAGACAAAACAACCUGGGGAGGCAAAAACAGCAUGUCCCCGAUUUCACACCCGAAAAGCUGUUUCUAAAACUGUUAGUCGUCCAGCAUCUGCUGCUGGCAAAACCAAAGAGAUACAGCCACUUGCUCCUAGUGAACCUGGAGCAAAGUUAACACUGUUAGAAGUUCCCCCUAUCGACACCGAACCGGAUCACAGACCUCUAAGCUAUGAGGAAAUGGAGGAGAUUGGGAAGAGAUGCAGAGAGAGGAAACGAUGGGAGAAGGCCAAGGUCAAUCCAAUACAAUGGCUGGAAUGCUGUCGACUGGUGAGAUCUGGAAACAAGGCCAUUGAUGAACACUGCUUGCCAUCUACAAUGGAGAGUGAAAUGGGGGAAAUAAUUGAUCAGCAUCGAAGGACCUGCUACAUGGUUUAUCUGCAGUGUCUCAAAUUAUGCAAAGAAUAUAACAUUCCACUUACCGAAAAGGUCCUGGAAAAAGCCCUGCUGUACCCAGGAGACAAAAUAAUCAAAGAAGGAGUACAUGUGCGGAAGAUCAGACAGCCGGGGGGUCCCUAUACAACAAUGGACGGGAGUCACCACCAAAGACGACUGCUUUUAAGCAGACAAAGAUUAAGAAAUGCAUUAAAAAGGGAUGCCAAAAAUGGAAUGCAUGAUACAGGGAUUAAGGGGCAACUACAUGGAAAGCAGAAGGAAUACAGAGGCAGCUGGAUGUCAUUUGAGGAUUAUGAACAGUUAACAAGACGUCUGCACACGAAGUGGUCCAAUCUGAACUACAAGUCUCACGACAAUAACUUCUGGCCAGGUCACCUUCUGGACAAGCUGCGUAUUUACCUCCCACAGAUAGCGCCUAAUCAGGAGCAUGCCCUGUUCAGCUAUGUUCAUCCAACACCACCUGUCUAUUCUGGCGUCUACAACCCACACCGCAGCUGGCCAAUCAGUGACCAGGGAUACGUGACCUAUGGAAAUACUGAGACUCAAAAGUAUUGAUGUUGUCUGGAACAGUAAUGCUAUGCACAAUGAAAGCUUUGUGACCCCUCUGUCACCUCCAUGGACUUAGGCAACCAUCAUAAGCAAAAUAAAGCUAUCAAAGUAUGCAUUCCCAAAGUUAUGGGGGACUUGACAGAGCAGUUGACUUCUAGAUUAGCAAGUUUCUGUUCCUUGUGACUCAUAACACAAGACCUGGGGACAUUCAAUGAAACUGAAAGGUGGCAAAUUCAAAACUGAUAAUAUCAGACUGUGGAACUCGUCACCAUAAGACAUUGUUGAGGCUGAGAAUUUAGAAAGAUUCAAAAAGGGAUGGAGCAUUCAUAAAGAUAACAAGAAUAUCUAGAUUUAUAAUAGUUAAUGCUAAUAAAAAUUCUGGGAGAGAUAUUAACCUCAUAUUUCAGGACAAAAAACAAACUAACUAUUAAGGAUCAGGAUAAAACCUAAUUUGGGGGUCAGAUUAUUCCACAUCCAUCUAUCGUAGAGUUUCUUGCACUUUCCACUGAAGCAUCUGGUGGCAGCCACUGUCCAAGACAGGAUACUACACUCAGAUCUGAUUGAAGCUGGCAAUUCUUCUGUUCCUGUGAUUCCAAUCCAGCUCUUUGGUGACCCAUGCAAAAUGCACUUGGCAAGUCUCAGUCUAGUUUCUACCAGCAGAUAGAGCCAAGUCACAACAACUGGCAUCACAACUAGCUGCACUUAUUGGCAGCCUUGGGAUGGAAGAGUGAGUGGGCCAUGAUAGUGACUAAACUAACUUGUCACACUUGUAGAAAUCAGGGUCAAGGCACAUGGGUGUGGGAAGGCAGAGGAAACUUGCUCUCCUGCUGCCUACGCUGUACCUGUUCACAAGGAUUUUGAUUUCCAUGAUAAAAAUGUCUUGAUGAACCAACACUUUAAAAACCUGCCAAUUCUCACACAGCCUGGGGAUACUAGACUACGAGAGUAGGAACACUGGUUGUUGGGACACUGGUCUUAUCCUGGCCCCUUGAGCAGCAUGAUGGGAUCUUUAACUGCCACCUGCUCAGCCAGAGAUGGGGGGUAGUUAUCCUAAUUUAAUUUAACAGGCUGAUGAAAAAUUUAAAUAUAAAUAUAGAUAUAAAUAAAACGUACCUUUCUCCUCCCCUUGCCCCCUCCCCUGCAAAAAAACAAACAAACAAACAAAAAGCAAAUAUAGAGAAGGGAAUUUUAUUUAAAAACAUUUUUCAACAGCAGGUUCUGACGCAGAGUUUUCAUACUAUACAGAAGGCAUGUUUUAGCUAUUCAUUUUGAACUGUAUUCUCUUUCUUCAAAACACAGUACAUGUAGCAGUCAGACAGAAUUUAUGGAGAUCUCUCAGUAACAUGGAUUAUGGUUAUUUAGCUAUGCUGUAUACAAUUUAACCGGACAGUUCCAGGCAUAAAGAUCUU